AUGCAGGGUCGUAAGACCAGACACCUACUCAGCAUACAACGCCAAUUCGCCCUGAAUAUCACACAGGCUUACCGCACGACCGCCACCAGUGCACUGAAUGUCCUAGCCGGUCUUGUCCCUUUGCACAUAAGCACGGAGCGAGAGGCGGUUUUUCAACAAGUAAAACAACUAAGAACACCAGCAACUCUGGAGGACAUAGCAUACUGGCCAGAUGAUUAUGAAAAAUCAAUUAACAUCCUUGAAAGACAUCCUGCAACACAGGGAGAUAACUGCGACACAGUUAAGGUCACCCUCAGACAACAGAUAGAGCGUAUGCAAAUGCAUACGACAUAUUACUACACUGAUGGGUCCAAAAUGGACGAUAACGUAGGAUGUGCGCUAGUCGCGUUCCGGAACCAUCAGGAAAUUUCACACUGGAAAGGCCACCUACAUGGGAACAACAGCGUCUUUCAAGGGGAGGCUUUGGCAAUUCACAAGGCAGUGAAACAGAUAGCUGAACAAAAGCUGUAUAAUACCAUCAUAGUGUCAGACAGUAUGUCUGCGCUACAAGCAAUUGAAAAUACUAUGCAUACAUCGGCUCUCAUUCAUGAUAUUCAAAGUCUCCUGCGUGACACAAUCCAUCUAAACACCCGCCUGGCAUGGACAAAAGCCCAUGCAGGAAAUAUCGGGAAUGAAAAAGCCGACCUCCUUGCGAAGGACGCUGCCCUUAAUAAGGAAGCGGAGGCACUUACAGUCCCAUGGCCGCAUUCCACACUCAAACGUAAGCUUCACCUACAAGCGCAGUCAGUGUGGCAAGCAGAGUGGGAUGCAGCACACACGGGUCGACGGACGCACUGUCAUCUGCUGUACGUCAAUCCUGCAAGACUGUACUCAAACCCGCAUAUGGUGCGCUAUAUAACAGGUCACGGAACCAUUUCCGGAGUACUUUGCGAGGCACGGUAUCGUCAGAACAGACCAUUGCAGCUGCGGCCACCUCGGUACUCCGGAACAUUACGUCACAGAGUGUCCAAUUACAAGCGGACUGCAUAUCCCUAUUCCCACUGA